AUCGAUAAACACCUUAAACAUUCACUGAUCAACAAAAUGAAAUUGCUGCACAUUUUAACAUUAUUAUUAGCGGCUUUAGUGUCUUAUACAACGGCCCAAAGAUGUAUCGCCACUCUACGACCUCCUUCCUGUAUCGGUCCACGUAAUGUGGGUCGUGGUGGCCGCGGUUGUAUCUCUCGCCGCAUGUGGUAUUACGAUGGUCGUGCUAGACAAUGUCGACAAAUGCGUUAUUUGGGUUGUGGUGGCAAUGACAAUCGUUGGUGCCAGCGAGCAACUUGUGAACGUAGAUGCCGUCGUCGUUAACGAUUUUAUUAAAAUAAAAUGUUUUGUUUGGAAAUGUGUAUCUAAAACUUUACAAACUUUCGCAAAAGACUUUUUGCAAUAUCUGAAGCCAUGAAGCAUGUAUGUAGCUAUUAAAACUACAGU